AUGUCCUUCAAAUCCUCGGGACGUGGCACCCCUCACAUCCAGCUGAACUCAGGACGGCAGGACCCCUUCGCCGACUCGGACGACCCCUAUGCAUCGGUGCCGCAUCAACAAAUUGGACGGGCGUUGACGCCGGGGAUGGUGCAGUCGCCGUCCGAUGGCACACUGCAAACGAUGUGGGGGUCACCGACCCCGCAGGAAUCGACCGAGUUUCUGAUCCCGCCACGACCGCAUCGCGGCCACCGGGAGGAGAUGGACAGCAUGCGGUCUCCGGAUAUGUUGUCGACCCGGUCGUCGCGGCGGACAAGCUGGAGCUCCGAGGGGGCCAGCUCAGACACCCGCGGGUUCGUCUACACCCCGUUCGAGGGCCAACGGUCUUUGUCACGCGUCGCAAGCGAUGAUGUGGAUGUGAAUACCCAGACGGUAUCGGAGAAGUACAAUAUUAUGCCCACGGAGGGCCUGCUGCUGUUUCGCGGGGUGCCUGAGGACGAUGACUACCUGCACGAGCCGGACCCGAACGACAAGGAUCAGGAGUGCGACAUUUGGAACAGGCGCGGGAUUGCUAAUGUGGGGGGGUUGAUCCUGAUCACUAUAGGCUUCUUGGUGUUGUUUGUCGGCUACCCUGUCAUGUCGGCGGUAGAGAGCUUCAGAAAACCAUCCAGACCGACUUGUCAAGACCUGGAUCCCCUCUGUCUUGAUGUCCCAGAGCAGCCCAUGUUGACCAAUAUUCGAAGCGGGCUGAUAGACCCGGAGACGCCCAAGUCGGCCAUGAGCAAGAAGACGGCGGAUGGCAAGGAAUGGCAGCUAGUGUUUUCGGAUGAAUUCAACACUCCGGGCCGAACAUUCUACGAUGAUGAUGAUGCUUUCUUUCAAGCAGUGGACUUAUGGUAUGGUGUCACGCAAGACUUGGAGUGGUAUGACCCAGAUGCAGUUACGACGAGAGAUGGAGUCCUGGAGAUUCGUUUUGAUGCCUUCGCCAACCACGAAGUAAAGUACCGCUCCGGCAUGAUGCAAAGCUGGAACAAGCUGUGCUUCUCCGGUGGACGCUUGGAGGCCAGUGUCUCGUUGCCCGGCACUGGCGAUGUAUCCGGCUUCUGGCCCGGCUUCUGGGCGAUGGGAAACCUCGGCCGCCCUGGCUAUGCUGCCACAACUGAAGGCCUGUGGCCGUACAGCUACCACGACGAAUGCGACGCCGGUAUCACCCCCAACCAAAGCUCCUCGGACGGUAUCAGCUGGCUGCCGGGCAUGCGUCUCCCCGCAUGCACGUGCGAUGGCGCAGACCAUCCCUCCCCAGGGAAAUCGCGUGGAGCACCCGAGAUCGACGUGAUGGAGGCCAACGUCAUUGCCCUGAACGGCAACCCAAACGCGUAUAUCGGCUCGGUGUCUCAAAGUUUGCAGAUGGCGCCGUUCGACAUCUGGUAUAUGCCCGACUACGAUUUCACAGCCGUCUACGACCCAAAGAUCACGGAGAUCAACGCCUACCGCGGAGGACCCUACCAGCAGGCGAUGUCGGGGCUCACGAACCUCAAUAACGACUGGUACAACGGCUCAGAGUACCAGGUCUACGCCUUCGAGUACCACCCGGGCGCCACGGGGAACAUCACCUGGUUCGUGGGCCAGGACAAGACGUGGACCUUCGACGGCCGCGCCGUCGGCCCCAACGGCAACGUGGGCCAGCGACUGAUCCCGGUUGAGCCCAUGUCCAUCAUCAUGAAUCUGGGAAUGGCGUGGAACUUCGCCCCGAUUAACGAGAGCAUCAUGAGCUAUUUGCCUGGCUUCAUGCGCUUCGACUAUAUCCGCAUCUACCAGGACCCGGACGAGAUCAGCGUCACCUGUGAUCCGCCAGGCUACGAGACCACCGAUUACAUCGCCAGACAUCCCGAGGCUUAUCGAAACGUGAACCACACCACUUGGGACCGCGCCGGAUACGAAUGGCCCAAAAACACCUUGAUGCAUGGUUGUUAG